ACGUAAGGAGGUAGGCUAGAAAUAUGAAUAAUAUUACAGAUGAGGAAACGUAUCGAAGUAGUCUACACGAAUAUUGCUUAACAGUGUUUAAAGGAACAUUAAUUAUUCCAACAGUGUUUGGUAACAUUUUGCUUCUUUUAAGCCUUUUUACUCAUAAAACAUUGAGAACCCGUAGUAACGUGUUAAUAGGUAGUUUAGCAGUUUCGGAUUUGUUAAUUGGAGCGAUAGUACUACCGUAUGAUGUCUUAAACAUGAUAUUCGUCAAUCUUAAAGACGAGAAAAUACCCUGUUUAUUACAAUAUACAUGUUUUGUUACAUUCGUUGGUGCUUCAGUCACAAAUUUGUUUAUUAUAUGUCUUGAGAGAUAUUCAGCUAUUAUGUCUCCGUUAAAACAUUUUAUAAAAGCCUCUAAGACGAGAAUAUUUAUAAGCAUAACAACUGGAUGGACAAUUGCAAUAAUUCUUGGUCUUUUGCCGCUACUUGGUUGGAACAUUUGGACGGCUGGUAUAAUGUGUAAAUCAAAGUUAAUAUUCACAAAAGGAUACUUAGAUCUUGUGCUGACGUUUUACACAAUACUGAUAAUAAUAUCAACCAUUUUGUAUUCAUUAGUUGCUCGAAAAAUCUUAAAACAUCUUAAACUAUACAAAAAUGGCAGAGUAAACCACACAAGCAAUGCUUGUGUUAACAAAAACCUGAAUUCCAGCAUCUACAGAAACCUGAAACAGACCAAGAUAAUGAUCUUUAUACUAGGACUAUUCGCAAUAUGUUGGGCACCUUUUACUGUGCUGUUUAUAUUAAGAGUGUAUUUUUUGGAAGAGAGCAAUUUGGUAAAUCUAUUGAAAACAUACUUUACAACAUUUGGCUUGUUAAAUUGUGCAUUAAAUUGGAUGAUAUUUGGACUAAUGAACAAUUCCACUAGGAAGGCACUUAAUAAUAUACUGUUUUGUCAGUAUGACGAGAAGAUAACUGUGAGGACUAUAUCUAGCACAACCACUACUUGCUAAUUGACAACAAUCCAAUUCCACUAGGAAAGCUCUAAACACUAUCCUGUUUUGUCAGUAUGACGAGACGAGGACUGUGAGGACUAUAUCUAGCACAACCACUACUUGCUAAUUGACAACAAUCUUUUAAAGUAUCCAUUAAAAAAAAGGAUUAAUCGAUUUUCACAUUUAAAAAAAAAAUUAAAUUAGGAGCGUUUAAAAGAGCUUGACAUUGUGAAUGAGUAUUCUAUUGCUGAAUACUGUAAGUUGACCUUUAGGUUUGUUAUGGUUAUUUAUAUCGAUCGCUAGGUUGCUGUCUCAUUGGUGUAUAGCGUAUUUUUUUUACUUUAUAUCAUGAGCCAAAACAAAUAUAAUUCAUCUAAAUAAAAUUCUUGAAUGCGAAUAUUUUCCGCAAAAGAUGUGUACAGUUAGAGGUAUCCAUACGGCCUUCAGCAUUGAGAAAAAUCUAUACCGUUAAGUAAGUUCUAAAUGCCCCGUUAUGACAAAUAAUGUACAAUUUUGAAUAAAUCAAAUAUUUGAGUAUUCAUAAAUUCAAUUUGAUGUAAUAUAUGGCUGCCUUGAGCAGUAUUUUAAAAUUGGUUUAUUUUAGCACACUACCAUUAUUAAACGUUACAAAUAUAUU